UCUCUCUCCCCCUCCACGGAAGACGGCAUCUGCGCCGAAUCACCGCCUGCCACCACCGAGGACCUGCACAGCAUCACUGACACCCCUCCCUGCGGGUCGGCGGUGGCCUCCCCGACCCUCCCCGCGGCGCCGUUGCCGGGACAAGUGGCGACGACGACCCCUUCGCUAUCCCUCUCUUUCCUUCUCCAAGCGGUGCGGUGAUGAGGAGCAGUCGCGAAGCAUGGUUCCGUCGAUGGAGACGGCGAUGGUGCGAUGGAAAUUGAUCGAUUUGCUGCCACCACCGCCACUGCUGCUCCGCGACGUGCUUCGUGGUGGUGACGAUGGUGGUAGAUACCGCCUGCUCAUCUCGUUGGCUGCCGCCCUCCCAACUAUCGUUGCCACUCUAGCCCAUCACCGAUCACUCCCUCGAGCUCCGCCGCCGCCCUACUGUCGCGUUGCCGCUGCCUCCACCGUCGCUCUGCGACGUGCUUCGUGGCGGUAACGAUGGUGAUGGCUGCUCAUCUCGUUGGCUGCUGCCGUCGGAUUCAUCGCCGCUAUGGCCCGCCGCCUGCCACCACCGCCGGUCUAGCUCCCUCCCCUACAGACCGGUGAAGAGGAGAGAAAGACUGAAAGAGAAAGAAAAGGGAGUGAGGGAGGAGGAAGAAGGGAAGGUGGAUGACAUGUGGGCCCCACAUAUCAAUGACAAAUGGGUUCCAUAUAUAUUUUUUAAUUUAAUGGCACAUAAACGCCACGUUAAAUGUCACGUGAGACGAAGACUAGGUCAACACCGCCACGCUAAUGAAACUGCCCUCCAAAACCACCGAGAGAGUAAAAUUGCACUGGUUUUAAUAGUUCAGGGGUUGAGAUAUUUAAUAUUACGGUUCUAUUCGGAAAAAGUCCACUUAGACUCCCUAAAUUGUUCACCGAAUCUAAUUCGUGACCCUUAACUGCCAUACCGGGUAGGACGACUCUCCAAAUUAUUGAAACCAGUGCAAUUUAACUCCUCUAGCGGUUUUGUAGGGUGGUUUUGCUGACGUGGCACUGACGUGGCGGUGCUCACCCGAUUUGUUGAUGUGGGACCCAUUUGUCAUUCAAACAAAAAAAAUAUUGUGGGACCCACCGACAUGUGGGGCCCACAUGUCAUCCUUUCUCCUUCCCUUCCUCCUCUCUCUCUCCCCCUUCUCUCUCUUUUCUCUUCCCCCUUUGGACGCAUCGGUGGUGGCGGCGGCCGAGGGCUGGAGCCGCGACGGCGGCGUGCAGGCGAAGGCUGCGCCACCGCCUGUCCCGUCAUCGGAGGGCUCGAGGAGGACGCCGGCAAAUCUUGGGGAGGCUGCAGGGGACCCGCGGGACUAGGCGAGGGCGUCAUGCGCGUCGCUGCGGCUCGCCACGCUGCUCAGGGCGGCGUGCCUCCCGCCGCGCGCCCGCGCUUGACGCGCGCGCUCCCCGCCGAGCUGCUCCUGCCCCUGUCACGAUUCACGACCGCGUCGUCGUCGCCAACUCCGGCGACUCCAGUGUCGUCCUCUGCCGCGCCGGCGUCCCCGUCCAGCCGCCCCCCUCUCCGUCAACCACAAGUCGGUGCGUGCAGGGGACGGCUACCUGACAACGCGCCCAGGGCGUGGGCCGCGCUCCACAAGCUCUCCGUCUGCUGCCCGGGGCUCCUCCACGCCGGCGUCCUCCUCGAGCCCUCCGAUGACGGGGCAGGCGGUGGCGGCCAUCGCCUGCACGCCGCCGUCGCCGCUCCAGCCCUCGCCCACACGCCGUCGUCGCCACUCCGGCCCCCAGCCACCGCCGCCACCAAUGGGGCUGCAUCGCGCUGCUGGCCCGCCAAGCAAAGGCAAGCUUGA